ACUUUCAUCACAUCACUAAUAAAACCUAUGGGUACCUACGGCUUCCAAGGCGCCGAUAUAGACUGGGAGUAUCCCGCAGAACCAAAGCGUGGCGGCCGUAAAGCAGAUACCGAUAACCUAGUCCUUCUGAUGAAGGAGAUGCAUGCUGCUUUCGGUGGUCACUAUGGAAGUAAUUUGACUAGGUACUUUCGAGGCUUCAAACCUGCCGAGCUGCAGGACUAUGUCGACUUCAUGGGUUUUAUGAGUUACGAUCUCCAUGGUCCUCGGGACGAGGAUGUAUGGGCCCUUGGCUCAGUCGUCCGACCCCAGACAGAUAUCACAGAAAUCGACAAGAAUCUGAAGCCUCUCUGGUUCGAUGGCGUUGAUCCAGCAAAGAUCAAUUUUGGAACCGCAUACUAC